AGAUAGGCUCUAGACAAUGACCGCAGACCGCAAACAGAUCACCCAAGCACGGUGUAGGAGAGAAAUGUUCAAGAGACCUCACGCAAGAGGUGGGCAAGUUGACGUGCGUCCAAACCCCGCAUGUCGCUACUUAAUUCUCGGAUUCCCCAUCCCGACUUCCAUACGUAAUAAUCGCCCUUCUCCAGUUGACAGAGACCAAGCUGUGAACGAUGUCUUCCCAACAAGUCUUUCUUGAUCACCUGCUCCUCCAAUUCAGCACGGUGCAGUUUGAAACGCCUUCUGCGUGGCUGACAGAUCGCUUCACCAUCGUUGAGGGUGGCACCCAUGCCGGUGGCUUGAGCCGCAACAAGUUGAUCAUUUUCGCCGACGGUACUUAUCUGGAGCUCCUCAAUUGGAUCAAAAGGCCAGACAAUUGGAGAGACCGACCAGGAGAUUUUGCUCUCACCACCUUGAAGCCGAUCACAGCUGAAGAUAACCGCGACCGUAUAGUCAGGGCACUAGACUCCAUAUCCGACGAGGGUAGCCUGGGAAUAACAUACUCGCAACCUAUAGAGGGAGGACGCAAGACGCUGCAGGGAGAUAAUGUUCGCUGGAAAAUACUGAAGGCGAUCUAUACCGAUACGAUGUCAGCUGCGCCAGAGAGAUAUCACCCUCGAGGCCGCACUGAUGCUCCGUUCUUCUGCCACGAUGUUACGGACCGGAUCUUUCGCGUGCCAUACAAUCUACCCUCCGUGGUCAACCAUCCGUCGGGGGCGACGGGAAUUUCUGGCAUUGAGGUGCUUGUGCCCAAGAACAAGUUGCAAUCCUAUAUAACCCUUUACACUGGUAUAGUGGGGUCAUCCCCGCAACUGUCCGAAACGAAUGGAGAAAGCCGAGCGGAGUUCGAGCUCAGAGCACCCGGCUCUCUGGAUUCGCGGGGCAUCAUUCGCAUUCGGGCGGCAAAGUCGGAGGAGGACGAGCGGUAUCUUCAGGUGAAAGGCGUUGGCAUUUCGUCUCUCAUUAUACGAUCGGAAAGCGCCGGGGAUUUUUUAUUUCCUGUGUCUGAUUACCUGCUUUGACACACCCGUGCCGAUGGCGCGCUACCACCGCAUGCAAUACAAAUACCGACACUGUAUCUGCCGUACUCUGGUUAUAUAUAUUCGGAACAUGACUGACACUCAUUCGUGUUAAGAAAUCGAGUUUAGAAUGGCAGAAUUCGUAACCUUUGACGGCCCGAUAACCCAGCAGUCGAGGGGAGUCACGGAACUGGAUAAGACUACUAUAAAC